AUGCUUGGUGGAGUUGUAGAAAAGCAUGUCGGUAGCGAAGCGCAGCUGUUUUUAAUCUUCGGCUUGAUCAUGGGGCUAGAUAUUGAAAUCGAGUUACUUGAAAUCCUGGACAAAUUCUACUAUUUCGCCUUUGAUGGCUCAGCGGAUCCGCGACGAAAUAAAUACAAACUGUUCCUCGAAUGCACGCUUAUUUUGACCUCGGUUAUUCCACAGGAAUUGCCAAUUGAGCUGUCACUGGCAGUGAACUCAUCUUUGAUCGCUCUGUCAAAACUAUUGGUAUAUUGUACAGAACCGUUCCGAAUCCCGUUUGCGGGGAAGGUGGACAUUUGCGCAUUUGACAAAACGGGUACAUUGACUGAGGACACGGUGGUGGUUGAAGGUGUCACAGGACUCAUUGAUCAGCCGGCGAAUAAACUUGUUCCUGUACAACGUUGUCCGUUGUCUACUGUUCAAGUUCUAGCCAGUUGUCAUUCACUGAUGCAUACUACUGGCGGAAUUAUUGGUGAUCCGAUGGAGAAAGCUAUGCUUGCGGCAAGUGGUUGGGUUUUGAAUGCGGAUAAUAACGUUUUUGGUCGUACCACACCCCGUAGUCCACCUCUGCGAAUUUGCCAACGUUUCCGAUUUAGCAGUGCCUUGCGACGUAUGUCUGUUGUGGUCAGUCAUCACCUUCCUUCUGGUGUCGAACAAACUUAUUUGGUUUGCACCAAGGGUUCACCGGAGGCCAUCUUACCCAUGCUUUUGGAUCCACCACCGGACUAUGAUGAGGCAUAUCUGACAAUGGCUAGGCGCGGGGCUCGUGUUUUGGCUUUGGCACAGAAAUCGUUGGGCACGCUAACCCAUCAACAGGUUCGUGAUUUGACCCGUGAAGAAGUGGAGAAAGAUUUGACAUUUUGUGGUUUCGUCCUGAUUUCGUGCCCGCUUAAACCCGAUUCGAAAGACGUGUUGCGUGAAUUGCGCGAAUCCAGUCAUCAUGUGGCCAUGAUAACUGGAGAUAAUCCGCUGACUGCUUGUCAUGUGAGCACGGUGCUGGAACUUGUACGACCAGACACACCGGUACUUGUUUUGACGCCUCCAAAUGCUUUGUGUGAGUCAAUAACAAACGGUAAUAGGCCCAGCUAA